GAUCACAAAUUGAUUAAUUAGUUAUGAAGUAUAAUGUCUAUAUGACUAUGCAAACAAAAAACGUAAUGAAAAAAAUAAAUAAAAAUAUGUAAGGCUAAUAGCAUGCAGUGUGAAAAAUGGACAGCGUAGACAGAUACUUUAAGACCAUAUUGAAGACAAAUAAGACAAAUAAGCAAUUAACACAGACAACACAGUCCUAAAAAGCUAAAAACCUGAAAGGAAGCUAAUAUACAAAAUCGAGACAAGAGAUGUGCAAGAUGAGAGCACGUCUGGUAAAAGCUCAAUUGAAGGACCUGCCUCAUGAGGCAGUCAUUAGCUUGAUCAAUGCUUCAAUUAAGACCGGUUAGAUCAUGUUUGACCUAAUGUCUUCCGUCCUCUGGUGGGUUUCCCGAGCACUGCAGCCAACGGAGGACCUAAGAUGCCCAAGAUGUCUGCUGUCAUGUAGUGGCUCGCUGCUUUUGGCAGAGGAAUCUGUAUUUAUUUUGAAAAAGUUACGGACGCAAGGAUUCAUCAUCUCCAUGGUCUUCAUCAAGACAGAUACAAUGAUCCAGACUGGAGUGAGCAUCUCCCUCCACCAUGACCCCCACCAGUUGCUUGUGCACUAGCGGUUAAAGGCUCCUCCGGAAGACGCACCAUGUACCUCGCCAUCACCUCCAUCCUACCCGGCCUCGGAGGGAAAUGCCUGCUCAACUGGUUCCUGGUUUUCCUCCAGAGAAACCACAUCUACAGAAGCUUCCUGGGGGUCUUCAGCAUUUCCCUGGCCCUCGUGGACACAGCCCUCGCCGUCGUCGUCGCCGCCCUUUACGUCUGCAGCGACGGCCACGGCGUCGCCCUCCUCGGCUUGAGGCUGACCACGUAUCACGCGUGUUUGCUGGUUCAGAUCGUAGCGCAGGUUCACAGGGCGCUGCAGUGGCCCGUCGUGGUCAUGGCCGCUUUGGACCAUUUCUCCACCGUGUCUCAGGGAUUAUACGCCGGUUUCUCGACAGCAAAGUGGUUUGUGUACCUGUUUCUGACAGGCUUCCUGUGGUACCUCGCCGCUCUCUACGUCUUCCUGUUGUCGAACUUCAUUCCUGUCUUCGAGGAUGUUUCCAUCCAACAGAUGCACAGGUGUUGGGUCUUCUAUUACAGCCCUCUGAGUCUGGAAAUUACCGUCCUCCUCCUCUUGACUGUGGCCUUCGCCGCUCUGCGCGCUAGCUGCUGUCUUCCCCCGAAAGACCAGAUCACUGACCAAAGUCGAACUCACUCCAGGAGAAGUUUCGUUCACCAAGUCCUGUGUAUAUUUCUCAAAACUUGGACCCUCUUCCUGGUUUUCCUGGCUGCGCUCACCGUGCUGCCCGUGGGAUUACCCACAUACCUAGAUCUGAACGUUGCCUGGCUCUGCUUCCUCAACAGCCUUCUGAUAGCUGUUGCUUUAUGUGCAGUCUGUCCAACGUGGCAGGGCUUGGCAGCCGUUCCUCCCGACAGAUUCUGUGAGUGGAGGUUUAAUUUUAGCCCGGCUGCUGAGGACAAAGCAUGACUGCAGAAAGCGAUUUUAAUGCACCUUUGAAGAAGUGCAACUGACAGUGGAGAGCUGAAUAUUUUGCACAAAAGAGCUGUUUAGAUUUCUUUCAGGGGAGCAAGAGAUGAUGUUAAGCGCUACGAGUAGAGGUGGCUGCAGACAUGCAAGCUCCCCAGAUUGCGAACCGUAAAACCCUGUUUAGUCCGUCUGUGGUUGUUGAUUCAAAACCAUUAUUGCAUAGGUCUUCAACAGGGGGUCCGCAACCCCUAGGGGGUCCACGGAGGUACUGCACGUGGGUCUCAAAAUCUUUGGUUGAUUAGAAAUUUUUUUAUAUAUUUUUUAAAUUUUCCCCCACAAAUUAAAAUCUCUUUAACGUGAAUCCAACAUAUUUUCGUAAUGAGGUAAGGGGUAGCUUAAUGGUGAAUGCAAAAGGAUAAUAAUAAUGUAUAUUUAUAAAUAGCACUAAAUUAGCUAAGUUAACUAACUCAACUAAUUAGCCACAUUUAAUAUAGAACGCAUAUAAUAUAAUAUAAUCCAUCAGUUUGGGGUCCUUGGCCUGAAAAACGUUGAAGACCCCUGAAUUAUUGCAUAUUGUGGAGUAAAAGGCAUGAGACGCAAUCACAACUCAGUGCUAGAAAUCAUAGACUUAACAUUUCCGGCUCCUAAUUUUUUAAAUAAAUGUCUAAUCUGACUGUAAUAACAUAAUUCACAGGCAGUUUUUCUGGAAUUAAUUUAUUUCAGUUCAUCAUUGAUGGUCUGAUUGCAUGCUAACAUGCUGCACUGAUUGAGGAAACAGUUAGCCCAAGUUCAUGCUAACAUAUACCUGACAAAGCUAAUUAUCUUGUUACGUUUGAUUAUAAUAAACAAACUAACUUGGCCUAUUUGCCAAGUUUGCCAAGUGGGACGGUGAUUAGCCGACGGACAUCUUUGUACUGAUUUGACUUGAUUUAAAGGUUCUCUUUUUAUCAGUCAAUGGACAAAUACUUUUUCAUCCAGAGGAGUUUAAAACGUCACCUGAAUGUACACAAACUGUAAAUUAAGGGAACACCUAAUCCCUCAAACAUCUGCAUGUUGGCAUUAUUAAAAGAAAUUUAAUUAAAAGUCUGUUUACAGCUGACUGUGCCUCUAGACUCAUCAGAGACUCAUCAGACUGGUCACAUAUGCAAAUAAACUGAUGCUAGCGGGCAGCUCAUCCGGUUCUUGUCGAGACAAGUCCCCCCUGAGCUGAGGGGAGGGGCCUCUGUGAAUCAUCCCACAGAUACUCGAUUAGUUUGAGAUCUGGUGAAUUUUAUUUCUUUUUUUGUAGUUGCCUAAAUCAUUUUUGUGUGUGUGUCUGUGUCAGUCUGUGUCCUGCUGGAGGAUGUCUGCUGCCAUCAGGGAGUGUCACUGCUAUGGCGUAGUGGGGGUGUCUGGUCUGGUCUGGAUGGGUGCUACAUGUCUAAGUAACAUCCACAUGAAUGAACGCCGUGUCAGAAGAUGGUCGGUGUGAUUUACUUCAGUCAGUGGUCUUAAUGUUGUGGCUGAUCAAUGUAUAUGGAUGUGAUGGGACAAUGAUUGUAUAGUCUCUGAGCUCAUGUUUACAUUUUGUAGCCAGAUUUAAUUGUGUAAUAUUGUGAGGACUCAGCCAAAUACCAGAUGCCAAACUCUGAUUUAUAUUUUACUAUUUUCUAUUUAGUCUCUAUUUAUUAAUGUGCACGAAAGAAACUGUUAGAUAUUGUCUGUUUCUGUUAUGCUGGGACUUCGGUCUGACCUCAUGCUGCUUUAAAUCUUUGUGUGCGGGUGAAACCAGAAACUGCAGGGAGGAAAAAAAUAAAUAAAUAAAAAAGAUAAAAAUGUGAGUAAACUUUUAAAAGUGCGCCAGGUAAACUUCCCUCAGGGAAGAACGAACCUUGUCUGGGUUUGGUCCCAGUGUCAAAGCUAACACAAGUUAAGCCUUGUGUGGAAAUUCAAUUAUUAAUCUGUAAUGAAAAGCAGGAAGCAGAAGAAUAAGAAAGUAAAUGUUGAACAUGUGCCUUCAAAGUGUUUCAGCUUCGCAUUAAGAGUGAAAACUGUGUGUGUAAUUAUCUGCGUGUUGGUUGGUGUAGGAAAAUACGCUCACCUGCCAUUUCAUUAGGUACACAAAUAGAAACCAAUGUAUUCUAACAUAACAAUCCUGCACUAAGUCUUAGCGUCAUGAGGGUUGUGGUGUCCAGCAUUGAUUCAAAAUAACCUGUGUUUUCUACUAUUUUGAUGAGUUUUUGCUGAGUGGACAGCAACACAAACUGCAUCAUCUAAAACGAUCCUACACAUUCUUACGUUGUCCGAAUGCAAACUUGUAAACUUCGUAGCAGUCGGGGUUUUGGUGCAACUUUACGUAAAUGCAUUAAUUUUAACUCGUGUACCUAAUAAAAUGGCGAGUGAGUGUACUCUUAAGGGCCGUCCAACUGUUUUAAAGUUAAAAUAUUCUGUUUGCCUUCAUAUAGGAGAUUAAAAAAAUACAAGGGAAGUGUGUUGUGUUUACAUUAAAAGCGACUUAAACCAACCUCUGAACUGUGUUGAUUGUGUAAUUGAUCAGCUCUGUGGUUCUAAUGAACGGAAAGUGUUAUUUGGUGGAGGCGUUAAUGCAUCUUUAUGUUUUUUAAUCAUGUAUGUGAUGAUAUUAGUUAUAUUUACAGUGUUUUUUCAGCUGCUACUGUUCAGAUGAGCAUCAAAUUAAAUCUCCUUUCAGUUGUUUGGCGACAAAUUUGCCAGAAAUAUAACAGAAGAAGACGUCUGUGGAAAUAUUUAUAGCUACUGAUCAGAUUACUGAACCACUAUUAUUACUAUUAUUAAUCAGAUUAUUAGAGGAAUAUCAGUGUCUAUGCAACCAAAUAACGUCAAGACAAGAAAAAGACGACACCACGGUGUUUUUUUUGACACUACAGAACUUUACUUGAAUUUGAUCCAAGUUCAUUGUCUAUACAGGGUAUUAUUUACAAGAUCUGAAAUCAGGGGGCAAAAACAGAAAGAAACAAACACUAGAUACAACUGAGGUAUUAGCUAAAAGCAUUUACAGGUAUGUAAUUUACUAGUAAAUAUCAAUGAUGAUAAACAGUUAGAGAUGCAGUGUCUUUCUGCUUAAAAAACAUCUUUUUAUAUCACAACAUGAGGUAGGAGAACAGUGUCUCGAUUCAUGCAAGAACAAAAGUCUCAUCACACUGUAGUAUUGGCAACGUAGUAUGCAAUGGUCAUACACGGACACUGCGUUUCAUGUUUCAGCAUCGAGAGGAGAGAGAAAAAAGGUUCUUUUUCCAGCAAAAGCCAUAGAUUUAUUAUUAUUAUUAUUAUUUUUUUUAUUUUUUUUCCCAUCUAUAACAGGAUGUGUGUAAAUUAAAAUCAUACGUAUUCAGUGAGAUCCGUCACCGCUGCAGCUCUACUUUCCCGAGAAUAAUUACCGGCUGAAAAUUACACACCCAAAACCACAAAGCAAGUCACCUGCGACACCUCAAAGGUCCCCUCGGACUUUUGAGUUAUAAGGUAAACAAGGAGGCAAAUGUUUAUGUAAAUAAAUCCUCGCAUUCAAAUGUGUUUCAUGUGGUGAAAAAAGAAAAAAACAAAACAAAAACGAAACAAAAACAACAACAACAACAACAACAACAACACGGCUCCUUGUACCCUUCGUUUUAGUGGGUUGGGCAAAAUUCACACCUGUAAAAAUUCUGUACAAAUCAAGUUCUCAUAACACUGCAAAAUGCAAAAAAGGCCCAGCACGCCGUGUCACAAAGGGGAUCGUUCUCUCCUAUUAUUAUUUAUUUAGUACUUUUUCUUUUUAAUAGUUGUGUACAAGUAAAGAAGCUAAACAGCGCCCCCUUGCGUAUAAAAUGCAAACUACUCAGAAAGUAAAAAGGACAGACUUUCCAUUAGACAUCUGCUCAUGUGUUGGAUUAAAAGCGGAUUUUAGUUGUGUUUUUUUUUUUUGUUUUUUGUUCUGCUGAAGAGGUAAUUAAGUGAAUAUAAACUAAUACUGAUUAUCUUCCACCAGCGAGGAUAAUAUAUGAUAUCUUAAAUCAGAAAAACUAAUCCAGAGCUACAUGAGUGAGUCUUUCCCUUUUCAAUCAGACGUGGGAGGCAAACACACACACACACACACACACACACACACACACACACACACACACACACACACACACACACAC